AUGGUAACCCCACUAAUUGUGAGCAAUAUAUAUAGUCAGAGUCGGGACAAAACACGAAGAGGAGGAAGGAGGGAAAGUGAGAGAAAUGAAGCAGAGAAGAGUACAGAGAUUAGGUCGAGCUCAGAGAUAAGCUCUGCCAUUGAAGAGCUUUCGGUGUUGGUUCUCGUUAAACCUGGAGAUAAUCAUGAAGCUGCGCUAAUCCCCACGAAACCUUUCCUAUCUCUAUGUUACUUGGUUUUACAAGUCCUGGAUAAGAUAGGACCAACAAUGACUGUUUUGAGACAAGACGUUCAACAGAAUAUUAAGAGACUGGAAAUGGUUCUUGAAUCAAAUUCCUCACUGAGUUCAAAUUUGGUCGAGAUUUUGAAAACCGAGACGAGGGAAGGCAACGCAAAGAAGGGGGCCAGCUGCAGCAAGGCCUUUGUUUGGCUUACUAGAUCUUUGGAUUUCGCCUCAGCAUUAUUACUGACACUGUCGAGAGAUUCUGGGAUAAAUAUGGAGGAAGCAGUGCAAGAGGCUUAUAACAUCACUUUGAAACCAUGGCAUGGAUGGAUUUCAUCAGCUGCUUUCAGAGUAGCUUUGAAACUAGUGCCCGAUAGUAAAAGCUUUAUAGAUCUCCUCAAGGCAAACGAUGAAAGCUAUGAUACCCAAACGGAGAAAAUUAAGAUUUUGGUUUCUUUGCUUGCGCCAUUUCUUGAGGGUAUCCAUUGUAUUCUGAAAGCCUACGACUUGAACAACCUCAAGGCCGCAUGAAGUUAAUAGCUAAUGCACAGUUUCUUGUUGCACAUGUAUCUGUUUCUUAUCGACUCUUCAUGUAAACAUGUAAAUAUCUUGUAUAGUAAUCUUGUUAACAGAAUCUUGCAUUUGGCAUCAUGUUCGCCAAAUGUUUUCUUAAGAAUCAGAAAGAUCCAUAAAGAGAAUAGAGGAAUUCACACAAAAAUAUUGCAAACAGAUGUAUAAUUUUCAGCCGUGUAAAGCAAAGGAAAAAGGACAGCCUCACAUCUUGCUCCA